UUGUGUUUUAGGCCGAGCUUUGAAUCCGCCUUUUCGUGGCGACGAGACGUUUUCGGUCGACUGAGUUUAGUGUGUGCCAAAGAUGAUGAUGACAUCAUCAUAUCAGAAAUCGUCCAAAACCCCAGCGUAGGUGGAAUCGUUAACGUUAACCUACUGUUAGAAUUAGAAAAUGUCUUGGAACCAUGGGCUAAAUUGUUCUCAUCAUUCACGCUGGAGUACUCACAUUGUAAAGACGAUCUGCUGAAAGUAGAUGCAAAUUCAAUCGCGGUUGCGUUUUCUGGUGGAGUGGACAGUCUGUUGGUUUCAAUCGCGUUACAUGAAGCUUAUCCCUUGGACCAAACUAUCGAUCUCGUAAAUGUGGCCUUCAUUCGAGGGUCCGAGCAUCGCUCCAUCGUUACGGAUCGCCAACGGGCCGUUGCUGCUCUUCUGUUUCUACGGUCUAGAUUUCCUGCUAGGAAAUGGUGUCUAGUUCUUGUCGAUGUUACGCUAGAGGAGUUAGAGGAGAACAGAUUAAAACAUAUCGUAAAAGUAAGUUAG